AUGUGUGGGUUAUCGGAGACUAAACCAAGCGGUGAAAGCGUACCCGACCGAAAGUCGACUCGAGGAUGCACAAAUGACAGCACGCCGAACAGGGACGCGGAGCAGUAUGGACUUAUAAUAUCGAGGGCCGAUGAGAACGGAGCAACGUUAACAUUACGAAAGGACCUGUGUGAGAAUUCGUCGGUGGCCGGAUGCAUGUCGCAACCAGCCACAUAG